AGGUUGGAGGUCCUUCCAAAACCCUAGCCUUUCGACUAAACUUUUCCUCUAUAAAACGAGUCUCACCUCACAAACCCUAGUUCGCUAUCUCCCUCAAUCUCUCUCUCUCUCUCUAUCUGCUUCGUUGCAUCGUCUCAAGACUCUCUCUGCGCUUCAAGUUUGACUCUAGAGUUUUAUAAUGGGUAAGGAAAAGUUUCACAUCAACAUUGUUGUCAUUGGCCAUGUCGACUCUGGCAAGUCGACCACAACUGGGCAUCUCAUUUACAAAUUGGGAGGAAUCGACAAGCGGGUGAUUGAGAGGUUUGAGAAGGAAGCUGCUGAAAUGAACAAAAGGUCAUUCAAAUAUGCCUGGGUGUUGGACAAACUCAAGGCUGAACGUGAACGCGGUAUCACCAUUGAUAUUGCUUUGUGGAAAUUUGAGACCACCAAGUACUACUGCACAGUCAUUGAUGCUCCUGGACAUCGCGACUUUAUUAAGAACAUGAUUACUGGUACAUCCCAGGCUGACUGUGCUGUUCUUAUCAUUGAUUCCACCACUGGUGGUUUUGAGGCUGGUAUCUCGAAGGAUGGUCAGACCCGUGAACAUGCCCUCCUUGCUUUUACUCUUGGAGUGAGGCAGAUGAUUUGCUGCUGUAACAAGAUGGAUGCUACCACUCCUAAGUACUCAAAAGCAAGGUAUGAUGAAAUUGUGAAGGAAGUCUCUUCCUAUCUGAAGAAGGUUGGUUACAACCCUGACAAAAUUCCUUUUGUCCCAAUCUCUGGUUUUGAGGGUGACAACAUGAUUGAGAGGUCCACCAACCUCGACUGGUACAAGGGCCCAACCCUUCUUGAUGCCCUCGACAUGAUUACAGAGCCCAAGAGGCCAUCAGACAAGCCUCUUCGUCUCCCACUUCAGGAUGUCUACAAGAUUGGCGGUAUUGGUACUGUCCCAGUAGGAAGGGUUGAGACUGGUAUCAUCAAACCUGGUAUGGUUGUAACUUUUGGACCAACUGGGCUCACCACUGAAGUCAAGUCCGUGGAGAUGCACCACGAGGCUAUGCUAGAAGCCUUGCCUGGUGACAAUGUUGGGUUUAACGUGAAGAAUGUUGCAGUGAAGGAUCUCAAGCGUGGUUUUGUUGCAUCCAACUCAAAGGAUGAUCCAGCCAAGGAAGCUGCAAACUUCACCUCCCAGGUUAUUAUUAUGAAUCACCCGGGUCAGAUUGGUAAUGGGUAUGCUCCAGUUCUUGACUGCCACACCUCCCACAUUGCUGUCAAGUUUGCUGAGAUCCUUACCAAGAUUGAUCGUCGAUCUGGCAAGGAGAUUGAGAAGGAGCCCAAGUUCUUGAAGAAUGGUGAUUCUGGCAUGGUGAAGAUGAUACCAACCAAACCCAUGGUUGUGGAGACAUUCUCAGAGUACCCCCCACUUGGACGAUUUGCAGUCAGGGACAUGCGUCAAACUGUUGCUGUUGGUGUUAUCAAGAACGUGGAGAAGAAGGAUCCAUCUGGUGCUAAAGUCACCAAAUCUGCUGCCAAGAAGAAGUGAACCGUGCGGGUUGGAGUUUCUAUUGAUGUUGCUCCUUUUUAUCAAAUUGAUUACUGUCAUAAAAAAGACCACCUGUGUGGUGAUCCUAUGGUCACAAGUCAUUUUGUUGGUCUAGUUUAUUUCUCUGUUUGCUGCAGUUUUAUGUCCCCAUCGCUCGGUUGCUGCUCUCAGAAUUGGGUGCUGGAUCGGCGGUGGUGACAAUAAUAUUUUACUUGUUUUAAGUUUUGACUUUGGUUUUGUUACUCUUGUGGUUGUUAAUUUAAAACAAUGUUUUAUUAAAAGUUUCUGCUAUUAUUUUUCUGUGUCA